UUGCGCACAGAGAGAGAGAGAGAGAGAGAGAAUGGCAGCGGAGGACGAUAGCGGAGAGUUCUACCUGAGAUACUACGUAGGACACAAGGGGAAGUUCGGGCACGAGUUCUUGGAGUUCGAGUUCAGGCCGGACGGAAAGCUCCGUUAUGCCAACAACUCCAACUACAAGAACGAUACAAUGAUCCGCAAGGAGGUUUUCCUCACCCCCGCCGUUAUCAAGGAGUGCCGCCGAAUUAUCUCCGAAAGUGAGAUUAUGAAGGAAGACGACAACAACUGGCCAGAGCCGGACCGGGUGGGGAGGCAAGAGCUGGAAAUUGUGAUGGGGAACGAGCAUAUCUCCUUCACUACUUCUAAGAUUGGCUCGCUUGUUGAUGUUCAGAGUAGCAAGGAUCCUGAGGGCCUUAGAAUUUUCUAUUAUCUUGUUCAGGAUUUGAAGUGCUUUGUUUUUUCGCUUAUCUCCCUUCACUUCAAGAUCAAGCCUAUCUAAAGAGGAAACCAUAUCCUGCUCCAUCAUGUGCUAAACCUGCUGGGUUCCUUUCAUUCCCGUAAUUUUAUAUGUAGAUUUUGCCAUUUGAGAGUUACCUUUAUUAGACAAGCAAUCUUGCUGGUGUAUGAAUGUGAUUAUUUGUAUUUGAAAACAUUUGAUCGGUGCUAGAGCUAAUUUUACAAUUUUUGCUGACUGCUUA